GGGUCCCUCAUCGCGCCCUAGUCCCCGGCGACGCCCGCGUGCGCGCCGCGCUCUGAGCGCCCCCGCUGCAGCUGGGGCCCCGGAGAGUGGCCGCCCGGAGUCUCCGCCCUGCAGGGCCUCAGGAGGCAGGCGCCACACCGGGGGAGCCGGAGAGUGGCAGUGCCCCUGCCCCUGCCCUGGACUCCGAACGGGGGGAGCAGGGGCAGGACCCGCAGGGGCCCGAGGUGACUCCGUGAGUGCCGCCCUGACCUUCAGGCCGGAGCGGACUGCCGGGAAGCCCUCCCGCUUUCCUUCCAGGCGGUGGGUCCUGGUGAGGCUGCUGACAGGGCAGCCUUGUAAGGGCUGAGCGUCAGCCUCUCCGGGAGGUUUUGGCAGUAACCUGUGGACCAGUACAAGCCGAGCUUGACCCUAGAACCACAGUGACAGUGUCCACCUAAGUCUGUAAAAGCCCUGUCCUGAGGCUGCCAGGCUUGUCUCUGUCAGACCCGAUCCUGGGUUCUCACCGUCGCCGUCUUUAUUGUUGUGUGCUCAGCUGGGCCCAGCGCAGGGGUACUGUUUCACGGAGCCUGAGAAGAGUUGUGCCCAUCACAGCUCCCCACACUUGCUGCCCAGUGUGCUGCCCUGGCCACGUGUGGCCGAGUGCCUGUAGGGCUGAGGAACCAAGUUCACAUUUCAUUCAAUUUUAAUUAAUUGAAACUUAAUAGAUCCAAGUGGUUGGAAGGGUUACGAUAAUGGAUAGCAUAAGAAUAGCCUCAUUAGAAAGGAAAUCAGGACCACCAAUCAGCACUGCAGAGUGUAGAAUCUGUUCCCCUGGCAAAUGAGGCCUGCAUCAUCAGUGGGUUCCCUCAACUCCAGUCAAAAGGGCAGAAAAGGGCUCGGGCUCCAAGACAGAUGGCAUGAGUUUCUGGCUGAGUUGCUGCAGGCGCACUUGUGUGGGGGCCAUGAUCCCUGUGAGGCUGUUCUCAGCAAGCUCUCAGACCCUGUUGGAGGGCCUGGCACAGUGGACCCCGUCUGCACAGGCCAGCCUCAGGCCCUGCUGGCUCCUUCCACAGCAGGCUUCACCCAGGAUGCUGUCAGUGGGCUGCGUGGACCACACCAAGCAUCAGGAGACCCCUGGAAAGAAGCCACUCUCUGAGAAAAAACUGAAGAGGUAUUUUGUGGACCAUCGGAGAGUGCUUGUUCGAGGAGGAAAUGGAGGCUCUGGCAUGAGCUGCUUCCACAGCGAGCCCCGCAAGGAGUUCGGGGGCCCUGAUGGUGGAGAUGGUGGCAACGGUGGCCAUGUCAUCCUGAGAGCUGACCAGCAAGUCAAGUCGCUGUCGUCGGUCCUAUCCCAGUAUCAGGGUUUCAGUGGAGAAGAUGGUGGCAGGAAGAACUGCUUUGGCCGGAGUGGCGCCAUGCUCUUCGUCCGGGUUCCCGUGGGCACCUUGGUGAAGGAGGGCAAUGAGGUCGUGGCCGACUUGUCCCAGCGGGGCCAGGAGUACAUCGCUGCACUGGGCGGGGCAGGCGGGAAAGGCAACCGCUUCUUCCUGGCCAAUGACAACCGAGCCCCUGUGACUUGCACCCCGGGAGAGCCGGGUCAGGAACGCGUUCUCCACCUGGAGCUCAAGACGGUGGCCCAUGCUGGGAUGGUCGGCUUUCCCAAUGCUGGGAAGUCCUCGCUCCUCCGGGCCAUUUCAAAUGCAAAACCUGCUGUGGCUUCCUACCCGUUCACCACCUUGAAGCCCCAUGUGGGGAUUGUUCACUAUGAAGGUCACCAACAGGUAGCAGUGGCAGACAUCCCUGGCAUCAUCCGAGGCGCCCACCAGGACAAGGGUCUGGGACUCAGCUUCCUCAGGCACAUUGAGCGCUGCCGCUUCCUCUUGUUCAUAGUGGACCUUUCCCUACCAGAGCCAUGGACUCAGGUGGAUGAUUUAAAGUACGAACUGGAAAAGUACGAAGAAGGCCUGUCUGAGAGGCCCCAUGUGGUUGUUGCAAACAAGAUUGAUCUCCCCCAGGCCAGAGCCCAUCUGCCCCAGCUCCAGGACCACCUGGGACAGGUCAUCGCCCUGUCAGCAGUGACUGGGGAGAACCUGGAACAGCUGCUGCUGCACCUGCAGGUGCUACACAGGGCCUACGUGGAGGCCGAGCUGAAGCGAGGCAGCCAGCCUCUCAGGUGGUAGCAGUGCACAGUGGCACCCGUGUCCCAGGGCAGGGUGCUGCACAGGCAGUGGACACAGGGGCCUCCAGGCCACCACACAAGCAAACCUGAUUAUAAAAUGUGGGUGGUUUUGAACACAUAAGAGAAAGUGCUUGUAAAUA